AUGUCUCUGUCGAAAUUAUCCGCGAUUCUAGUGCAGAAAAACUACAUAAUUAGACCCAGUUUUAUAUGUGUAAGACGUUUGGAAAAAUCUACAAGUGCAAAUGUGCAACAUACAAAAAAGCCCAAUUGGAAUCGGGCCGUUAGUGAGGCAGAAAAAAUUGUGGGAUAUCCAAAUAGUUUUCUUAGUUUGAGAUGGUUGCUUAGUGAUGAAAUUGCUAAUGUUGCCCUGCAAUUAAGAAAAUUGGUAGGGUCUAAUCAUCCCUUACUCAAAACAGCUAAGGGAUUAUUUUUCAAUGGAAAAAAUAAUAUGCAGGCGUGGGGUCUAAUAGUAUUGCUGGUUUCCAAAGCAGCAGGUCAUUCUGCCGAUAUACCAGAGAUGGAAGAGGACAAAUCUGCAGGAGUACUACACAGUCAAAGAGCUUUAGCAGAAGUGACUGAGAUGAUAAGAACGAGUCAUCUUGUACACAAAGGUCUAGUAAAUUUGCAGACUCCCAUUAAAUUCGACGCUCCAGGUGACAUGAUAUCCGGUAACAAGAUAGCCCUUCUAUCCGGUGACUUCCUCCUAAGUAAUAGCUGCGUGGAGCUCGCCAAUCUUAAAAAUCAAGAACUGGUUGAACUUAUGAGUUCCGCUGUCAGGGAUUUAGCAGAGGCUGAGUUUGUAGAACCGAGGGAUAUCCAAAACGCUCCUCUUCCUGCAAGACCAAAGCGAAGUGCAAGAGGAUAUGAGCAGUUUGUAGAUAGCACAAUGGAGCCUUUGGUGGUCAGCGAAGCUUUGGGCAACGCUAGAGCUGAAUGGACAUUGCGACAUGUAUUAAAUGCAGGUAGCCUAUUGGGAAAAUCUUGUCAAGGGACUUUAAAGUUAGCAGGCCAUUCGUAUGAACUUCAACAAAAAGGAUAUUUAUUUGGGAAACAUUUAGCUCUUGCGUGGCAGGCUUGUCUGGAUAGAGAACCAUUUUCUCCAGGAUCUAGCGCUGCCUUUAGCCUAAUUAGUGCUCCCGUUCUGUUUGCCCUUCAACACAACCCUGACAUGUAUAGUCUGAUUGAAAAAGGUUUGGAUGACAUAGAACAAGUUGACUUCGAGGCCGUAAGAAAAGUUGUUUUAGACGGACCUGCUUUGGAUAUGACAAAAAAUCUACAAAAAGAUCAUUCUAAGGCAGCUCUUGAGGUUUUAGAUGAACUGCAAGAAUCAGAUGCCAGAACUGCUUUAAAAAAUAUUAUUGUGGCAAUCCAGGAUUGA